UUUUAAGGUUUGGCACAAGGCCUCCAACCUCAACCCCACCAACCUCAAAAACUAGACCCCACCAACACUCCCCAGCACUAUGCCGAAAAUAUAGCUUCAAGGAAUCCCUAACAAUAUCUGCCGGAGCCCAUCCAGAUCCCAAAAAUGGAUGCCGCGGAGGACGACAGAGAUAUCAAGCUCCAAAAGCUAAGCUCCACCUUCAUCGCCGACUUCGAACUCUCCCUUCAGCCCUUCCUCUACCGCACCACUGCAGAUGGAACCGCAAAAGUUCGCCGCAACGUGCGCGCGCGUGAAGCUGACCGUCUCGUCGGCCUGCUCGAACCCUUUCAAGAGCUCCCCCAGCUGCUUGACCCGCACCUGGGCCGGUUCCUGCCCGUGCUAGCGGACGCGCUACUAGCGUACCUGCGUGCGCCGCCGCUGAAGAAGGGCGUGGAGCGGCCGCAGCUCGUGACGCUUUCGCAGGCGAUUUGCAGGCUGCUGUAUACGUUUUGUAAGAUCCGAGGAGAGAAGGUCGUGGUAAGGUUCUUUGGGGCAGAGACGAGGAAUCUGGAGUUGUUGCUUAAUACUGUUGAGGAUGCCGAGAGGAGCGAGGAGACAGGGAAGGGAGAUGAAGAGGUGAAAGAGUGGACGUGGGAGGAAAGGUACAUUUGCUUGCUGUGGCUGUCGCAUUUGCUGUUGGCGCCGUUUGAUUUAUCAACCAUUUCGUCGGCAGGCACAGGGGACGCGAAGAGGCCGGAGAUAGCGAACUUGGUAUGGCCGGAGAAGCUUCCAAGUGUGGCAGAGCGGGCCAUCCCACUGGCGAUCAAGUAUCUGGGAGCGGCAGGGAAAGAGAGGGAUGCGGCGAAGGCGCUACUGGUGCGCAUUUCUAUGAGGCGGGAUAUGCAAGCACUGGCGCUACUGGAUGCGCUUGUACAGUGGGCCAUGGCAUGUUUGAAGUCGUCGACAACGUUGGCGUCGAACUCAUCAUACUACUACAUUGGUGUGCUGUCCUAUCUAGCCGGGAUCCUGAUCUCGUCGCUCAGCACGGCGGAUAUGGAUCCGUACCUCCUCAAGGUCUUCCGUACGGUGCAGAAUAUUUCGGAUGAGGAGAAUGUUGCAUUCAAGAUUGUGCAUGCGUCCGCGAUUGCGAGGAAGACCGUUAUCAAGGUCCUCCGCACUAUUGCCGUUCUGGCGCUGAGGAGAGAAUACUCAUCCAAAGGGAACGAGGUGAUCACAAACGAGAUUGUCGAGUCUACAGUCGGCUAUCUCUUGGACGCCCUGGCUGAUAACGACACCCCCGUCCGCUUGGCAGCCAGCAAAGCCCUCUCAGUCAUAACACUCAAGCUCGCCCCUGACUUGGCUUCCCAAGUCGUCUCCGCCGUCCUCGAGUCCCUCACCACUAACAUUCUCUGGACCACCCUCCCCGACGGCACAAAGACUCAGGACCUCACUGCCGUCAAUCCCCAAGAAUGGCACGGUCUCAUCCUCACUCUCUCCCACCUCCUCUACCGCAAAUCCCCGCCCCCCGACUCCCUCGCUCUCAUCCUUCAUGCCCUCCUUACCGGCCUCACAUUCGAGCGCCGGUCCACUUCCGGCAGCUCAGUCGGUACUAACGUCCGCGACGCAGCAUGCUUCGGCAUCUGGGCCCUUGCCCGCCGCUACACCACCCGCGAGCUACAGGAUGUCGUCACCGCCGAGGUCGGUGCUGCCACAGCUCACACCGGAGAAAAAUCAAUAAUCCAGAUCCUGGCCACUGAGCUUGUCGUCGCCGCCUCCUAUGAUUCGGCAGGGAAUAUCCGUCGUGGUGCAUCGGCCGCACUGCAGGAGUUAAUUGGACGACACCCGGAUAUUGUCACUGAGGGCAUUGCGGUCGUGCAGGUGGUGGAUUAUCACGCUGUUGCUCUGCGAUCGAGAGCUAUUCUUGAGGUUGCACCUGCGGCGGCCAGACUGGGGGAUUGUUAUGCAGACGCUCUGAUGCGAGCGUUGUUUGGGUGGCGCGGGGUGGGGAGUGGAGAUGCGAAGUCGAGAAGGACUGUGGCUGGGGGUGUAGGAGAACUGGUGAAGUUGUUCGCUGGGAGUGGGAAAGAGAAGCCGUGGCGGAGGGUACAGGAGUUGAUUGAACAAAUUGACAGACAGCUGGGAAAUUUGAAGCCCAGGGCUAUAGAUGAGAGGCAUGGGCUGGUGCUGGUGAUGGCUGCAGCUGCUGGGGCGCUUCCUGCGCUGUUGGACGCCAAUUCUGCGAAAGAGUGGGAGGAUCUACUAGAUGCGGUGAAAGCGAUUCUACGAGUUGUUUUAUCGACACUGAAGAGUGCUAUGGCAUCGACAUCUCGGAGGCCUGAACUUGGCCUUGAGGCUACAUGCAGGCUGAUUGUGGCUGCAUGUCCGAUAAUUAGGAUGGAAAGGGUGCUUGGUCAUGCUGGUAUAGAUAUAGUGGCUUGGGAGAAGAUUUUGCACAACAAAACUUCCCUAAAAUGUAUCCCAGACGAUUCAUUCGACUCAACUGAGGUACGAGAGAUCGUCGGAACCUCGGGAUCCCUCAUCGACGCCUCCCUCCGUCUCACCGACCUAGACACCAUCGAAGCCGCCGUUGCCGCCGCAACAAGCCUAACUCUCAUCAUCCCCACCGCCGCCAGCGAAUCUCUUAUCCACUCCUGGGCCGUCGCCGUCACAGACCAUUCAAGUCGCACCCGCCACCCAGGCUACCUCUUUGUUCUCGCCAGCGUCUUCACCCACACCCAGUCGCAAGACGCGAUCUGUGCCCUCAUCUUGGGCCAAUGGCAACAGGCGACGAACAUCGUGGACCGUGUGUCCAUCUUGCAGUGCCUCAACCGCGCGCAGAUCUUGGAUUCCCACACUGCGCGCUUCAUCCCGUUGAUUGCCGAGGGACUGGAUGACUAUACGACGGAUGCCCGCGGGGAUAUCGGGUCUCUUGCACGCAUUGAAGCGCUGAAGGCGACGAGUAAGGCUUUUGCUACGAUCCCAUGUGAUGCACAAAGUGGUGCUAUGGUACAGGAUGGCAAUGAAGACUGGUUUGCCGACGAGGACCUCUUCGGCUCCCUUUACAGCCGCACGCUGCGUCUCGCAGCAGAGAAACUUGACAAAGUCCGCGGCGAAGCACAAACCGCGCUGGCCAUCCUAAUCCAGGAUCCCAUCCAACACGCAGCCUUCACCUCCUCCCAGCAUGCAACCCGCGUCUACUUCCGUCACCUCCUCGACCUCCAACUACCCUCAUCCGUCUCCUGGCUCUCCACCGCCUCUAUCCAUCCACACCAACGCUGGACCGCCCAUCUCUUCGAUGGCUACGUUAGUGCCGCCGACUCCGGUGCCGAGGGCCUCAUCCGCGCCUCCCGCGCCGCCCUAAACGACUUCUGCUUCGCCGCCCCCGCCAACCGUGAGCUCGUCUGCAACGCACUAGUCGGGUCCGUGAAACGCCUCCACGACGCCGGGGACGAGCGGGUGCUGCUCCCUGCGAUGUCGGUAGUUGCGUUUCUGUUCGAUGUGGGGAUCUUAGAAGGAGGGGAGAAAGGGUUGAGGGGAUUGUUUUUAGCGACGCAGCGAGCGCAUUUUAAGAGCGGGAGUGUGAGGAAGUUGGAGGUUGCUGUGAGGGUUUAUGGGGGAUUGUUAGGGGUGGGGGAGGAGGAGAGGGAGGUGGAGAAGGUGCUGGUGAGGAUGCUGAGGCAUCCGUUUCCUGGCGUGAGGAAGGCGGUGGAGGAUGUAUUGUGGGUUGGCAGGGGAGUGGGGAAGGGCGGGGUGGGGGUUCAGGGGGUGAAGAAGGCAUUGGAGGAGAAGUGGGAGAGUGGUGGUGAGUGA